ACACAUUUCCCCCAAAUCGUUAAAGUCCCUCAAACGCUCUCUAUCUCGCUCUCUCCAGAAGCUUCGUCUCCGAUCAAGGCUUCACAGGGUUUGAUCUUGGAAUUUCAAGAUGCCGGCCACCGCAGGAAGGGUUCGCAUGCCCGCGAACAAUAGGGUGCACAGUAGUGCUGCCCUUCAAACCCAUGGCAUAUGGCAGAGUGCAAUUGGGUACGAUCCCUAUGCGCCCACCAAAGACAGAGAUGAUUCUAGGAGCACUACUCAUAUGAAUGUGGCGAGCUCUGAACUGGAUGCUGAGAAUCCGUAUGCUAGCUUCCAGGGCCUCCUUGCGCUUGCCCGUAUAACUGGGUCGAACGCUGACGAGGCUCGCGGGGCGUGCAAGAGGUGUGGCCGUGUUGGGCAUCUCAGCUUUCAGUGCAGGAACUUUCUUAGUGUCAAGGAUGACAAGGAGAAGGACCCGGAGGCUAUUCAGUCUGAUGUUGCUUCUGAGUUGAGGAAGUUGAGGGGGAAGCUGGGUAAGGGUGUUGGGAAAGAUGUGGUGGAGACUGAUAGUGAUGAGGAGGAUGAAGACACUGAGGAUUCGGAUUCGGACUAUGAUUCCGAGAUUGAGAGGAUCAUUGCUCAGAAAAAUGGGAAAAGGAGUGUCCGAAAGGAGAAGUCGAAGAAGAAGAAGAAUGAGGAGUCGGAUGUUGAUGAGUCGGAUACAGAUUCUGGGGAGAGGAAGAAGAGAGGAAGGUCGAAGAAGAGGAGAAGCAACAAGAGGAAACAUGAUGAUUCUGAUGACUCGGAAGAAGAUAGGAAGAUAAGGAGAAAGGAGAAACGGAGGAAGAGGGACGAGUCCUCUGAUGAAGAUGGUAAACGACAUCGGCGACAUAGGAAGAGUAGGACGGAGAAAAGGAGGAGGAGGAGUCAUCGGUAUUCUGAUGAUUCUGAGUCUGAUACAUCUGAAGAUAGACACCGCAGUCGGAGGAGCAAGAGGGGGGCAACACCAUCUGAUUCUGAUGCUAGUGGCUCUGAUGAUGCGCGGGUAGGAAGGGGCAGGAAACGAUCUGAGAAGAAGAGCCGGAAACACCACCGUGAUGAAGAAUAAGCCUAUCUAGGAAUGGUAUCGAUCAGUGUAUGCCAGCAAGUCACUGUUAAUCGUGGUAGUUUGCAACUAUGCUAUUACAACCUUUACAUUGUUCUUUUAAUUUGCUUGGAGAGGCUCUUGUUGUAUUUGGCUGUCUUUUACAAGAUGAAACUAUUGCUUUGUUGAAGAAAGUCUUGUAUAUUUCUGAUUAAUGUUGAUUUGAUCUUGUGCCAUAUCAUUUGGAGAUAUCCUAUGAUCUUGUUCUAUAUG